AAAAUAAAUAGUUUAUGCAUUCGAACGGUGGGCAGAACAAGAAAGUGUUAAACGCUCUAGGAAUAGCCGGAAACGGAAAUCGAAAAACAAUAACAAACACUCUGAGAAACUUAUUAUUUUUAUGUCUGUGCUCUUGACAUAAUGAACUAAUAAUUUGCGCUGUUUAAAUGAUUCUUAAUAUGUGAUUUUGGUUCCUGACUGAUGCUAACAUUUGUUGAAUAAAGGAUUUCUAGGGGUGAUUUCCGUAACGGUACGGAAAUAUUCCUCAUUUCUACUUACUGAGGUAGUCAAUAAAAUUUUAAGUUAAUCCCUUGCCUUUCGCCAUGCUGAAGCCAAGAAAGUUUGAAUUAUUACUAUGUUCUCUCCUGUCAAUCAAGCAAAAAUACGUUCAUGCGGAAAACUACUCCAUGCGGAGUAACUGAGAGAGUGCAAUCAAUUUUUAUCAUAGAGAGAAAUUAAAAAAAUAUAUAUAUAUAUAUCUUCACUGAAAUAAAGUUGUGAUAAAAUUCAACAUGUGUGAUAAAACUUUCUCAUCGAAAUCUCAGUUACCGGUACACCGUGAUGUUCAUACUCCAGAGAAACCUUAUUCAUGCAGUGUGUGUAAAAAAUCUUUCACACAAAAAUCUUCGUUAAAAAAGCACUCUCUUAUUUAUACUAGACAGAAACCGUAUACAUGCAGUGUGUGCCAUAAAUCUUUCACACAUAAAUGUUAUUUAAAUCAACACUCUCUUGUUCAUACUGGGGAGAAAGUUUAUUCAUGUAAUGUGUGUGAUCAGUCAUUCACUCAUAAAUCUAGUUUAUAUAGGCAUGCCCUUGUUCAUACUAGAGAGAAAGCUUAUUCAUGCAGUGUGUGCGAUAAAACUUUUUCAUCGAAAUGUCAGUUAAAGAUACACUCUGUUGUUCAUACUGGAGAGACGCCUUAUUCAUGUAGUGUGUGCAAUAAAACUUUCGCACAUAUAUCUUCUUUAAAACAACACUCUCUUAUUCAUACAGGACAGAAACCCUAUUCAUGCAGUGUGUGUAAACAAUCUUUUACACAGAAAAGUCAUUUAAAUCAGCACUCUCUUGUUCACACUGGAGAGAAACUUUAUUCGUGUAGUGUGUGUAAUCUGUCAUUCGCACAUAAAUAUAGCUUGUAUAGACAUUCCCUAGUUCAUACUGGUGAGAAACCUUAUUCAUGCAGUGUGUGCAAUAAAACUUUCUCAUUGAAGUCUUAUUUAAAGAUACACUGCAUUAUUCAUACUGGAGAGAAACCCUAUUCGUGCAGUGUCUGCAAUAAAUUCUUCAGGCGUAAAUCUUCAUUAAAAAAACAUUCUCUUGUUCACACUGGGCAGAAACCCUAUUCUUGCAGUGUGUGUAAUCAAUCUUUUGCACAAAAAUAUAACUUAAAUCAACACUCUCUUCUUCAUACCGAAGAAAAACUUUAUUCAUGUAGUGUGUGUGAUCAAUCGUUCACGCAGCAACCAAGUUUAUCUAGACAUUUCUUUGUUCAUACAGGAGAGAAACCUUAUUCAUGCAGUGUGCGAUAAAACUUUCUCAUUGAAAUUUCAGUUAAAGGUACACUCUGUUGUUCAUACUCGAGAGAAACCUUAUUCAUGCAGCCUGUGUGUUAAAAGUUUCUCAUCCAAAUCUCAUUUGAAGGUACACUACCUUGUUCACACUAGAGAGAAACCUUAGCCAGAUUGUGUUUGCGAUAAAAUAUUUGAGCAUUGAAAUUUUAGUUAUAGAUACACUCUGUUGUUCAAAACUUGAGAGAAACUUUAUUCAUGCAGUAUGUGUAAUAAAUCUUUCUUGCAUAAAUUUAGUUUAAAUAAACACUCUUAUUAAUGUUGGAGAGAAAGCGUAUUCAUGCAGUGUGUGAAAUAAAUCUUUCACUCAGAAAUUUAAUUUAUGUAAACAAUAUUUUCUUCAUUUUGGGAAAAACUCUAUUCUCGUGUGAUUAAUCUUUCUCAUUCGAAUAUAGCUGAAUAAACAUUCUGUUGUUCUGACAUACUGCAGAUUAUACUUAUACCUGCAGCUUCUCGUUAAAAUGUCAGUUAAUGAUACACUGAUAUUCAUACUUUAGAAAAAACCUCGUUCAUACAGUUUGUGCAAGAAAUCUUUCUCACGUAAAUCCAUUUUAAAGAAAGAAAAACUUUGUUCAUGCAUUUUUAUUUUAUUUAUUAAUUUGAAUUUUUUUUUAUAAUUGUUUGAAAUUUUCCUUAAUUGCUUAUAAUAAAUUUUUACAAAGUAUUAUUCUGUAAUCUGUAAGUAAAUUGACAUAAAUUUUUUAAGUACAUAAACUCUUUCUGCAUAAUGUUGCCAAUAACUCUAUUGCCAAGAAAAAUAAAGCCAUAGUUUAAGUGCCUUAUACUUGAAGCAAUCUGAUGAUUUUAAACUAGAUUAUAUAAUCUUGCCAGGAUGAAUUCUCAUAGCAUUAGAACAGACAAAUAAUUUAAAUAUUUUAAAAGUUAAUAAAAAAUUUUAAAAAUUGCCAAUCUGGCAAUAUUU